AUGGACGCGAGACGAUUAGCUGCUGCGUUACCGGCUCUGACAGGUGGAUCCAUGCAUUCACCCAUGGGUGGGGCACCAAUGAUGAACCCGCCAUUACCGUUCAUGCCUCAAGUACCUAGAAACGUGCCAGCAUUCACCGCUUCCAAUCCGCAAGGUGUAUACUCCACGUAUGCGUCUCGUCUCAAAACCUCCGACGACAAUGCACUAUUACUGCCCAUGAGCUACUUGACUGUCAAACGGCCACGUUUCCACAGCGAAUCAUCCGAUGAAUUUGACGAUGGCGAUGAUUCAGACGACGAAGGCACGCCUUCAUCUGGUAUGCGAACACGGUCGGCGGCGGCGGCGGCGGCGGCAUCAGCUGCAAGCACAGGAUAUGCCCCGCACGGCGCUGGGAUGACCCAUGUUCCUUCGUCAGCGACCGGAGCAGGGCGCUCCGAUCUACGUAAAGUAGCGCGUAAAAGGAAUCACGUUUACCCCAGCGAAGAAGAAAUGGACAGAGUGGCCAGCGCAGAGGAAGUCUUGGUACCAAUUAGACUCGAUGUCGAUUUAGACGAUGUGAAACUGAGAGAUGUGUUUUUGUGGAAUAUGAAUGAACAAUUUUUGACGCCCGAGAAAUUUGCAGAAAUGCUUUGCGAAGAUUUGGACCUUCCACCGUAUAAAUUUGUACAGCCCAUCGCCGAUUCCAUACGUUCUCAAGUACUAGAUUUUGAAGCCAUUCAUGAAAUAGAAUUACCCAACGACAGCAUACGCGUGGUGAUUAAUCUUGAUUUGCAAAUUGGCAAGGUUAACCUUCGUGAUCGUUUUGAAUGGGAUCUCAGCAAUACAACGUCCAAUGCACCAGAAGUAUUCAGUCGACAACUGGCAUCGGAAGUAGGUCUGGGUGGUGAAUACGUAGCCAUUAUUGCCCACGCGAUCAGGGAACAACUGUAUCAGCAUAAACGGCAAUUGGUGGAUGAGUAUGGAUUCGAAGGCGAAGUAGCGAAACCGCUGGCUUCCGCUUUUCGAUCGGUGGAAGAAGCUGGCAGCUGGACCCCGCAAAUGGAAAUGCUGUCGAAUGAGGAAUUGGAAAAAUUACUUGUCGCUCAGGAACGAAAUAUUCGUCGACUGAGAAGAGAGACACGGUUCAAACGAUCACGGCGGUACGCUUCCAUGACCCCUUCUCGUCGCAUGGGUAGCAAUGCCGGUACUCCUUCAUAG